UGCACUAGACGUGCAAAAUGGGUUGUAAUCCGGGCUUUAAAAUUGAUCAUUACCCGUAUUUGGACUGAAAAUCUAAUGUCUAGUAAUCAGUCAUUUGUCCUUUACGAUAUUGAAGAAUUAGGAGGAAGGGAAGAGAAGCGUACAGAUGUGCCUGUGACGGGACCUUAUGUUUCACGUACACUGCAGUUUGUAAUUUACUGCUCUGGAACUUUCGUCUUCUAUCUGCUAUACGGAUACGUCCAGGAAUGGAUAUUUCGCAUUGAAGGAUUAAAGCAGCAUGGUUGGUAUCUUACUCUUGUUCAGUUUGGAUUCUACCUACUGUUUGGAAACUUGGAGAAAUUGUUUCGAAGUGGCAGUGAGCGAAGGAUACCAUUGAAGUCAUAUUUACUGCUUGCUGCUCUCACUGUUUCCACUAUGGGCUUGUCGAAUGCUUCACUUGGUCACCUUAACUAUCCCACUCAGGUUAUUUUUAAGAGCUGUAAGAUAAUUCCUGUCAUGAUUGGUGGAGUUGUGAUACAAGGCAAACGAUAUGGCAAAAUUGACGUAGCUGCUGUGUUGUGCAUGACUGUUGGUCUUACACUUUUUACAUUGGCUGACAGCUCAGUUUCACCAGACUUUGACAAUACAGGUCUAUUACUGAUUUGCUUAGCUUUGUGUGCUGAUGCUGUAAUUGGCAAUGUUCAGGAAAAGACAAUGAAAGCAUACUCGGCUCCAAACACAGAAAUGGUGCUGUAUUCAUAUGGUAUUGGGUUUUUCUAUAUUCUUUUUGGCUUGAUUCUUAGUGGUGGCUUCUACUCAGGUUUUGUAGUUUAUUCAAAGACACCUGUUGUUGCUUAUGGUCUUGCUGCUGCUUUCUCUCUGACUGGCUACAUUGGCAUUCUUUUUGUCUUAUCUUUGGUGAAGUCAUUUGGUGCUCUUGUGGCUGUAACAGUGACAACAUGUCGUAAAGCACUCACAAUGGUGUUAUCGUUUUUCUUCUUCUCCAAACCAUUCACAAUUCAGUAUGUUUGGUCUGGUAUUCUUGUUCUUUUUGGUAUUGGACUGAAUGUUUACAACAAGAAUAAACAAACUAUUGAUAGUUUGUUUAUCAAGCAAUACGAAAGUUUCAUAAGUCGUUGGAGGGCACAGAAAUCACAAGUAGAGAUGGUCUAGUUGUAGAUUCUGAUGCUUUUAGAAAUACUAUAAGGUUAACUCAACAGUCAUAUGGUACAGCAGUAUAUGGAGAUGCUAUGUGAACAGUGAAAAAUAUAUUGUUUCUAUUCUUUAAAAUAUGGCCGCACUUAUGGUAAUAUUACAUUUUACAAU